AUGGCAAACCAGUACACCACAUUAAGCACUCAGUCGCCUCAGGACAGCUUCCUCAGCGACUCCACAGUCCGCCACAGCAAGGCCAUCCGCCCACCAAGAUCACAAGCCUCACGAUCGCAAAAGCAACAACCAAAACCCACAACCCUGACAGCAGAAGCCUUAGCCAUGCUGGAACCCACGAAUAAAAUCCAAACCGCAGCUUACUACUACAACCGCAUCAAAGACUUUAUAAACCAGCUGCCUGCUCCUGGGACUUCAAUAGAGCAUGAUGAAAAUUCAGAUGCCAUCCAGCAUCCAGACCUCACCACAUUGGCCAAAGAGACUGAGGGACAAACACACUACUACAUGCCGCCCUUCCAUCUUCAACAUAUGCAUAUCUACCACCGCUUUCAAAAGAUGCGGCGUGAGGAGCCAUGGGCAGAGUUUCAUACACACAACGCAUGGUUGAGCUUGCAUUAUUCUGAGCACGGUGAAGUGUGCAUGUAUGCGGGUGUCGAGAAUGUGGAACAUUGUGACAAGAUCAAUAAGCACAUGACCUGGUUGAGAGAUAAAUGGCUAGGUAUCGAAGUGGGUCUAGUUUACUAUCUCAUGGAGUAUGAGGAUGAUGGCCAGGUGGACAAAAGGGAGGUUGAUGUGAAGGGGGACGAGGGAAAGGUUGAUCAGAAGGGAGCCACAAGUGGCGUUCGAGAGAGGUCAGGAUCUGAGACUGAGAAAUUACUCGAUGCGUCGACCUGGAGCGACUUUGACGUAUCUUGGCCUGUAUAA